CCAGCCUGUCGCUGUCGCGGGACAAGAAGGCCCCGGGGCCGGGCGAAGGGGCGGUGACUGAAGCGGAGGAAGCCUGGGGCUUCUCCGGGAGCCCUGGCUUUGGUCGGGGGACACUCCCCGUUGCCCCAGGCAGGAGGCGGCCCUGCGCCUGGCCUGGCCCGGGCCGGCGCUUUGGACCUAUCGUACCCCGCGCUCCGCUGCUCCUCCUUCAUGGGGCGGCUGGCCGGCUGUUUUGUAGGCCCAGGCGGACGGGGACGGCUCCUCGAGGUCGCGUUGGUGAGCUUGCCGGCCAGAGAGGCCGUGACGUGGACAGAGGUCGGGCUGGAGGAGCCGGACGGGCAGGAGGAGGAGGAGGAGAAACGACCGCUUCGCCUUGAAUUUACGGAAGUAAUAGGUUAAGCAAAGACAUUGCUAUUCCAUCUGGACAUCCAUUCAUUGUUCUGCUUGCCUGCCUGGAAGUUUGCAGCUGAAAUUGUAUUAAGGAGUUGCUUCUGGAAUUGUUCGAAAAAACUAGUAUCUGUGCACUUUCCAGUUAACGAAUACAGGAUACUUUAUAUUCAGGAGUACAGAAAAACCAACAAAGUGGAGUCAAGUACAUGCAGCAGCUUCAUGGGCUUGAAAGAUCAUUUGGGGCAUGACCUAGGCCACCUCUAUGAGGACACUACACAGACUCAAAUAAAUGUAAUUGCACCUUGGUCAAUGGUAGAGAAACCUACAAUGGAUAAAAUUAACUCUAGGAAGGAGGAUGCUAACAAGGAGACUUCUGAAGAAACUGCAAGUUCCAGUUGUGAUUCUGAAGAGAGCACAAAUUCUGAUAAUGAAUCAGAACAGCCAACUGCAACUGGAACAGAACCAUGCUUCUUACCUAAGACACACAGACAGCUGUGCAGGUCUCCUUGCUUAGAACCACAUAUAUUGAAGCGUAAUGAAAUUUUGCAAGACCUUAAACUGGAGGAAGCUCAGAUAGCAUCUAAAGAAAUUAAGAAGCCUCCUGAUGUGGUGAAAGAAUAUCAAACUAAACUGGAGUUUGCACUUAAAUUAGGUUACUCUGAAGAACAGGUUCAGCUUGUUCUGACUAAGCUUGGUACUGAUGCUUUAAUCAAUGAUAUAUUAGGAGAACUUGUCAAACUUGGAAAUAAAACUGAGACAGAUCAAAGUGUAAGUAUCAUUCACACCAGCAUAAUGCGAGAAGCAUCUUCGGUCGAGUCUCAGAGAUCUGACUCUCCCCUUCAGGAGGAUGUGCCAGUGGAUGGUGAUAACCUGAGACCAAUAGUUAUUGAUGGCAGCAAUGUGGCAAUGAGCCAUGGAAACAAAGAAGUAUUCUCAUGUCGAGGGAUAAAACUGGCAGUGGACUGGUUUUUGGAAAGAGGCCACAAAGAUGUCACGGUGUUUGUGCCAGCAUGGAGAAAAGAACAGUCCCGACCGGAUGCUCUCAUUACAGAUCAAGAAAUCUUGCGUAAAUUAGAAAAAGAAAAAAUUCUUGUGUUCACCCCAUCCCGCCGUGUACAGGGGAGAAGGGUGGUGUGCUAUGAUGACAGAUUCAUAGUGAAGUUGGCCUUUGAGUCAGAUGGUAUAAUUGUAUCUAACGAUAACUACAGGGAUCUAGCUAAUGAAAAGCCAGAGUGGAAGAAGUUCAUUGAUGAACGGCUGCUGAUGUAUUCAUUUGUCAAUGACAAAUUCAUGCCUCCUGAUGAUCCUCUUGGCCGCCAUGGACCAAGUCUGGAUAAUUUUCUGAGGAAGAAACCUGUUGUACCUGAACAUAAAAAGCAGCCAUGUCCAUAUGGGAAGAAAUGCACUUAUGGACACAAAUGCAAAUACUACCAUCCAGAACGAGGGAAUCAGCCUCAGAGGUCAGUAGCUGAUGAACUCCGUGCCAUGUCUAGAAACACAGUGGCCAAAGCUGCUAGCGAAGGAGGGCUGGUGAAAAGCAACAGUGUUCCUUGUAGCACUAAGAUAGAUAGCACUUCAGAUCUCAAGCGAGCUGCUCCAAAGAGGCAAUCCGAUCCUAGUAUAAGGACUCAAGUCUACCAAGACUUGGAGGAAAAGCUUCCCACCAAAAACAAGUUGGAAACCAGGUCUGUACCUUCUUUAGUUAGUAUACCGAAUUCUGCUGCUGCAAAACCCCAAAGUACUGCACCUUUAAGCAAUGGCCUUCCAUCUGGAGUUCAUUUCUCGCCUCAGGAUCAAAGACCACAGGGACUGUAUCCUCCAGUGAUUGUGGGAACCAAAAAUCAUGGAACGCCAAUGCCUUAUGAGCAGUAUCCCAAAUGUGAGUCUCCUGUGGAUGUAGGCUACUAUACUAUGAUGAGUGCAUAUUCAAACCUAAGCAUCUCUGGUCCACGAAGCCCUGAAAGGCGAUUCUCUCUGGAUACAGAUUACAGAAUUAGUUCUGUAGCCUCUGACUGUAGUAGUGAAGGGAGCAUGAGCUGUGGCAGCAGUGAUUCCUACAUGGGCUACAGUGAUCGAUCCUAUAUGAGUUCUCCUGAUCCCCAGCUGGAAGAGAAUUUAAAGUGCCAACAUAUGCAUCCCCAUAGCCACCUCAAUUCACAGCCCUUCCUGCAGGGUUACCACGAUACACUAACCAGAGUGCAAAGUUACAGUCACGAAGAACCAAAGCAUCAUCACAAGCCUCCCCUUUCUUACAUGGCUGUGCAUCUUCAACAUCCCAGCGUUGGUGCCCGUUCUAGUUGUCCCAGUGACUACCCCGCUUCUCUGAAUUCACAACCCUCAAAGAGCAUGCAUCUGGGGAGAGCCCUCGUGUCCACGAGGGUAGACAGCAUAUCAGACUCGCGUUUGUACGAUAAUUCUCCAUUAAGGCAAAGAAAAGCAUACUCUGCCCAGGAUGGGCUUGGUAGCUGGGAUAGGCAGGGCUAUGGGGUUGAUGCGUACGGCUAUCGCCAAACUUACUCUUUGCCCAGUAACUCCAGCCAGCCAUGUUACGAGCAGUUUGCCUUCCAAAGCUUACCUGAGCAGCAAGAUCAGCCUUGGCGGAUACCUUACUGCGGAAUGCCACAGGACCCUCCAAGGUAUCAGGACAGCCGCGAAAAGGUUUACAUAAACCUGUGCAACAUUUUCCCCCCAGACCUUGUGAGAAUCGUCAUGAAAAGGAAUCCUCACAUGACAGACGCUCAGCAGCUCGCUGCAGCCAUUUUAGUGGAAAAAUCUCAGCUAGGGUAUUGACAACAAUGAUGCAUCUUUGUGGUGUCUUAUUAGUUCAGUUUCAGCUGUAAUGCUGAGGGAGGUUUGCUACAAUAGCAUUUGUGAUCUCCUUCUCAGCAAGGAGGUCAUCUAGUAAUCCAUUUAUGUGAAAUACUGUGCCAUGGAAUCCGUAUGUACAACCCCAUGCAUUGGAAGUAACAGGAUCUGCUAGAAAUGCUCACCUGAUUUUUUUUUAAUCUCUUAACUGGAAGCUCUUUCCAGUUUAAUAUAUUAUUAUAUCUGUCGUCUCUAGAUAAGAAUCUUUGGUGCAUUGGGGGUUUUAUAUGCAGCACUUUCUAAUAUUGUUACUUGUUUAUUAAAUUAUUGGGUGUUUUGUCCUCCAAGUGUAAAUGUUUUUUUAAUAGCUGCAGAAACUGAAGAGGAUUUUAUGCACCCAGCAAACGGUUUUAUCAAGCCAAGCUUCUUAGGAACUAUUUUGCAAUUAAGUUAUUUAAUUUUAUUGUGUGAUUUUAUUUGUGCAUUUUAUUUAUAGAAAACAAAGGUCUUCUACAGCACUGACUUUAUUUUUUAUGUGUGAAUUACCAGUUUUGAAACUGAAGUGGGUAACAAUAUAUUAGUACUUUAUAGUAUGGCACUUUUUCAUUUGUUUGGUUUGGGGUUUUAUUUGAAAUUAUUUGUUUAUUACUGUUAAUUUUGGUGCAAGCAGAAGCAAUCAUUAGGGGAAAAACCUGCUAUCACUAAUUUAUUAUGUAGAACGUAAAAGCCUUACGUGCAGGUUUGGAAGAUAGUGAGCUUGUCCAACUCACAGUUGUCUAAAAUUAAGCUACCAAUAUAUCACUUUAGGCAACAACAUUAUCCAGUUGAUGGACACACUUUGAUUCAUCAGAAAUGGCAACAAAACAGAGAUUUGUUUUAGGUGUAUCUCUUGCUCUUCUAAUUCAUGCACAGGUAUACUGGACAAAAUGUUUUUUUCAUAAAAAAUAGCUGUUUUUAAUGAAAUGAAUUGUUCUCAAUGCAAUUUUUGUAUAUAAGAUACUGUGUAUUUUUCAUGCUAUUUAUCAAGGCUGGCCUAAGAAGGUUUUAUGUUGUGUGGACGAUAUGCAACACUUUUUAUUGACUGCACUGUAGUAAUAGUAUUACAGCCAAGAAUGGUCCAUUCUUUUUUUUUCCCUUUGGUGAAAUACUGUAGAUGUUCUCAGCGUUAGUUUGUCUGGCCUGUUGUAUUAUGUAGGCCUGAUUCUUUUCACAAACAAUGUAGUUUUAGAAGCAGACAGAACCGUCUCUUCUAGUAUGAAUAAGGGAGAUUUCUGGUUUAAGUCGUGGGUUCUGCUAGCUCUUUUAAAAUGUAAUAUUACAUAGAUUAGUUACUAGUAGAUAUCUCAGUCAGUGACUUCUCUGUAGGCAUUGUGAUCAGCUGCUUACACACUAGGAUUCCCUGCGGAACAACACACUGUGAUGAUUCCCAAGUUUACAAUAUUAUUGUGGAUACCUGGGUGCACAGCUGCAACUUGAAGACCCCGUAGAACCAGAAAGUACCUUUAACUGUUGAUACAAAUUGUAUCUUUAACUAUGAGAACUAUUUUAAUGUAUAGAUCUAACUUUAAAAAAACACAUGCAGAAAUGUGUAAAGAUGAUUUUAGACUUUUGGGCAACAUUUUAUCUCUUAUUUUAAAAAGGGUAGAGUUCAAAUCCCAAAAUUGCAUAUAGGCAAAUAGUUGGGUGGUUAUGACACAUACAGCGGUUUUUCUAUGUAACUAUCCCUCACCUUCUUUUUCCUUAAAAUAAUUGUUAAGUGAUGUAAUAUAUAAAAAUAAUGGUAAAAUGCUGCCUAAAAAGAAUGUCCAAGCACCUUUUUCACUACUCAUGCAGCACUGUGUGUUGCAAGAAGUAGGAUUUUGGUAUACAGUAAAUGCUCCUGCAAAGCAUUGUGCUUAUAGAUGUAUCCAAUAAUCUGAACCAUGUUCAGCAACUUUAAUUCAGGAGUUACUCUUCUACACAUAUUCCACUGUUGACUAACAAGACAGGAUCUCUGUUCUGUUGGGUCAGCCUUCCCCAGUCUGGCUUCCCCAAUGAUGACCAGAGUUGUAAUCUAACACCUUCGGUUGGUACUGGGUAGGAGAACCUGCAUUAGAUUCAUUUCCCUUCCUGUAGGUUUAUUCUGUCCGUUUCUCCUGAAGAGGAACUUGUUUUCCUGUCCAUUUCUUUUCUUCCCCUCCACCCCAUUCUUGCAUGCCUUUGUGAAAUAUGUGUGAACAGAAAGGUUUUAUAUUACAUAUUUCUUCUUGAGUGCCCCAUCCCUACAAUUGAAUGAAAUUUGCACAGAAGCAUGGCUCAUUUGUUACAGUGGGUAUCUGCAGAAAAGUUUCCUAAUAGUCUAUUCCAACAGGUGAUAAUUGAUUCAUGUGUUGCUUGUGGCUUAUAAUGUAACUCUGCAUUUAUACUGUAUUCUUUAAUUCAUGUGUCUCUCUGGGUUCCUGCCACUAGGGACUUCAAAAUGCAAAAUCAUAUCUUCUUGAAUAGAAUCACGUGAUCCCCCACCCCCAGUUGGUUGAUAGUGCACUUCAUGUAUAGGCUUGACCAUUUCCUACUGACUGUGAAAAAGGGGUUGCUUGUGCACUGCCUGAGCUAUUGACAUGUAUGUGUAAUGAAGGAUGGAUUUAAAUAUAUAUCAGAUGACAAACUUACAGGACUAGAGAGUGCAGAACUCAAAGCAGUUCUAUUUUGGUGUUACCCUUGGUUGUUGACCUCUGUUCUUUAAUCUUGGCCUUCUUUAUGCACCAUUAAAAGUGGAUACAAAAAGCCCCAGUUACACUGUGUUCUGCUGCAGUAGCUUUCCCACACUUGCUUUAUACUUCGCAAGGCCCUCUAUGCUUUGAAGGCACACUACAUGAUAAGAAAUGGUUCGCUUGGCCUUCACUUUUCCAACUCUAAACAAAUCCUAACCUUCAAAAUGGAUUAGGCUAGGUCCAACAGCAGCAAGCCAUUCCCUGUUGCAAGAAUUCUUUUAGAAAGCUUUUCCAAUGACCAACAUGUAUUUAAGUACCAAAAUUAAUUUUCUAAGUGGGGAUUGUGUGGCAUCUUUCACCAUCUUGUUGGUGUUAAUUCUUUCUAUUACAGACCUCUUAUUAUUGACAGCAUUUUUUAGUUUGUUUCCUCUUCCUCCUCAAAAAGUUGUUCUUCCCAGACUCUACUCUAAUAGGAUUACAGAAAGGAUAAACCAGUGCUGGAGCAAAGAACAGUGGCAAUACUAGGUAAAUUUUGUGGAUUUUAUGUCAAUUACUUGAUGCAAGUAUUAGGUAGAAUUCAAAUACGCACAAGCACAAACACCUGCACUCAUUGUGCUUAAAUGGAAAGUUUGACUUCACGCCUGUAUAGGAGAAGCCUGGGAGAAGACUUUCGUAUCUCAAGGAGAGCUGCCCUGACCUGGAGCCUGAAGGCAUUUCCAAGAGCAGCUGAUAGAACGGGGUGCUUAAAAGGCCCUGUGUGGACUGGAAAUCCUUGUACAGAAGCCGUGGAUGCAGGCUUAUGUAACUGCAAAGUCAAAACAUGUGCUAUACCAUUUUAGGAGUCAAAUAUGGGCUUGCUUUAAGUGAUCACAGUAGAUGAAUUUAGUGGAAAAAUUUGGGCCUUGCUGAACACUGAAAAUGGAACUGACUCUUUUGUGUCUUUUCUAUUAUUUGAAUGCACUUAACAAAUGGGAUGUAAAUUAACUGAAAACUCUGAAGUAUGUGAAAUUUGAGUAGAUAGGCAUGUCUUCAUGUAUGUAGUUACACAGCAUUAUAUUUAUAACUCAGCCAGCCAGCUAGAACACUUUAUUAAAUCUGGCUAUGACAAAGUGUUUUUAAAACUUUCAAAGCACAUUAUCACAUGAUCAAAGCACGGUGCCAGUUUGUUUACUUCCUAACCUGACUCCAGAGGCAUUGCAAUCAAGUACACAGGUAUCUGAGAUUAAAUCCCAUUGAACUCUGUGGGGUAUAUUUCUGAGCAGACUUGCACAGUUACUCUGCUUUGAUAACUUUUAACAAGUUACGACAGUAUUAACUAUCUCCUCACAGCUGUGUAUCUUCAGUAUUAUCCUUUUAUUAGCCAUGCCAAAAACUAGUGAUCCAGCGGAAGGUUGUGUGGCCAUGACGAUUCCUUUUUCUCUCUAUCCAACAUACACUAGAAUAUCAUAUUGAAUCUAAUGACAGCUAAUUAAUAGAGAAUAUUGAUUAAGAUUUCAGCAUGGAUUAGGUUCUCCAAGUAUUUUCUGCUAUCCUGGCUGUUGGGACAUCUAGUCUCUGUAACAGUAUUUUCCAAACAUUCUAAAAUGUGACUGUAAAUUGUUUAUUCCGCCAUGUCCCUGUAAUUAUCUUUACUCCCCGUCCUUCUAAAAAAAUUAGUUACUCUGAUCCAAAGUUGAAAAAGUGGAAGGCUUCAGACUGGAAGAUGCAGCUGAAAUGGAGAGUUGGGUUAGAUUCUGGAGAGUAUAAUGUCAAAAAGUAGAGAUACCAUAGAAGACCUCACACAGCAAAACUCAAAACUAUAUGCUGGGCAUAUGUAUCACGUCAAUUCAGAAUGCCUUCAUGGUAUCUCAAGAUAAAACCAAAUAUACUAUUCUUGUAAAGCAUUUAUUUCUUCCAGAUGUUAGAUUCCUCUGAGUUAGGAUUUUUAAACUGUAAGGGUUGAAUCCAGACUUAAUCUGAGAGUAGACCCUAUUAAAAAAUCAGUUGGACUUAAUAUAGUAAUUAUUGACUUGUCCUGUUAUAGGUCUCUUCUAACUAUGACCUAAGUCUGGCUACAAUCCUAGCAGUGUGUUUUGCACAAGUUGUACUGAUUCUGUUUAGCCUCCCUCAUAACACUGCUAGACUUUAAUUUGCCUUCUGAGAGUUUCGUUUAAAUUUGAUUUAAGAGCUUGGAUUUACACUUGCAGCUGGAUGAGGUCGUGAGGAGGAACAUUAGCUUUAUGGCUGAAAAGGAAACAUUAAGACUCCCCUCUUUGCUGUCCUGGUCUUUUCCACGCUAAAAGAUGGUGGUUUUCUAACAAAAAGUUAGAAAAUGUACAGUGUGAAUUUUUAUAAUGUGGGUAUUCACAGCAUCAUUACCAAAUCACUGCAACUUUCUGAAGCACCCGUGAAAAUUCUGCUUGUUGUACUGAUGUAAGUCAGCAAUAAAGCAGUUUAAAUCUGUCUCAAGUUAAUCUAAGACAAAGCAAAGCUUUGGAUGUAUGUUGUAUUAAUUGUCAAUGUGAAUUAAAAUGAAACAUAACUUUGAACUGA